AUGGCGGCGGUGCCGCCGCGUCGCUCCCAGCACCACCAUCACCACCACCACCCGCCGCCCGGCCCGGCCUCCCCGCCGCCCACCGCCGCCUCGCCGCCGCGCAGCCCCAGCCUGGCACCGGCCGCGCAGCGCCACAGCCUGGCCGGCCCCGAGGGAGAAGCGCCCCCCGACGCGGACCGGCCCCCGGCCGCGGAGUGCGCGGAGGGUUCGGGCGCCGCCGCGCCGGCCCCGCCGCCGGGCUCGGGCAGCAGCUCCAGCGGCUCUUCCUCGUCGUCGUCGUCCUCGUCCGCGUCGUCGUCGGCGGCGUCGAGCCCGGCGGCGGAGAGUCCAGAAGCGGCGGGCCCGGGCGCGGCGAGCGGGGCGUUCCGCGAGCUGCUGGAGGCCUGCAGGAAUGGGGACGUGACGCGCGUGAAGCGCCUGGUGGACACGGGCAACGUGAACGCCAAGGACAUGGCGGGGCGCAAGUCCACGCCGCUCCACUUCGCCGCCGGUUUUGGAAGGAAGGAUGUUGUAGAGCACUUGCUGCAGACAGGAGCCAAUGUCCAUGCCCGGGAUGACGGAGGACUGAUACCCCUGCACAACGCCUGCUCCUUUGGCCACGCAGAGGUGGUCAGCCUGCUGCUGUGUCAGGGGGCUGACCCAAACGCCAGGGACAACUGGAACUACACUCCUUUGCAUGAGGCUGCUAUCAAGGGCAAGAUAGAUGUGUGUAUUGUGCUGCUGCAGCACGGAGCUGAUCCAAACAUUCGGAACACCGAUGGGAAAUCUGCACUGGAUCUGGCAGACCCUUCAGCUAAAGCUGUACUCACGGGUGAAUACAAGAAGGACGAACUCCUGGAAGCUGCUAGGAGUGGUAAUGAAGAAAAGCUGAUGGCUUUAUUGACUCCUUUAAAUGUGAACUGCCAUGCAAGUGAUGGGCGUAAGUCCACUCCUUUACACUUAGCAGCUGGCUACAACAGAGUUCGGAUAGUCCAGCUUCUGCUUCAGCAUGGUGCAGAUGUACAUGCAAAGGACAAAGGUGGUCUUGUGCCUCUUCAUAAUGCCUGUUCCUAUGGACACUAUGAGGUUACAGAGCUGCUGCUUAAGCACGGUGCCUGUGUGAAUGCCAUGGACCUGUGGCAGUUCACCCCGUUGCACGAGGCCGCUUCCAAGAACCGCGUGGAGGUCUGCUCGCUGCUGCUGAGCCACGGCGCCGAUCCCACCCUGGUCAACUGCCAUGGCAAGAGCGCCGUGGACAUGGCUCCGACGCCCGAGCUCAGGGAGAGGCUGACCUAUGAAUUCAAAGGACACUCUCUACUGCAAGCAGCCAGAGAGGCAGACCUAGCCAAAGUGAAAAAGACACUUGCUUUGGAGAUCAUUAAUUUUAAGCAGCCACAGUCGCAUGAGACUGCACUGCACUGUGCUGUUGCUGCCGUGCAUCCGAAGAGGAAACAAGUUACAGAACUAUUGCUCAGGAAAGGAGCAAAUGUCAACGAGAAAAACAAAGAUUUCAUGACGCCUUUACAUGUUGCAGCUGAAAAAGCUCAUAAUGAUGUCAUGGAAGUUCUACAUAAACAUGGAGCAAAGAUGAAUGCACUGGACACACUUGGUCAGACAGCAUUGCACAGGGCUGCCUUAGCAGGGCACUUGCAAACCUGCCGGUUGUUGCUGAGUUAUGGCUCUGAUCCCUCCAUCAUCUCUUUGCAAGGCUUCACAGCAGCACAGAUGGGAAAUGAAGCAGUGCAACAGAUCUUAAGUGAAAGUACACCGGUGCGCACAUCCGACGUGGAUUAUCGGUUGUUGGAGGCGUCCAAAGCUGGAGACUUGGAAACUGUGAAGCAACUUUGCAGCCCUCAGAAUGUGAAUUGCAGAGAUCUGGAAGGCCGUCAUUCAACACCACUGCACUUUGCUGCAGGAUAUAACCGGGUGUCAGUGGUGGAGUAUCUGCUGCACCAUGGAGCAGAUGUGCAUGCCAAAGAUAAAGGUGGCUUGGUACCCCUGCACAAUGCCUGUUCCUAUGGACACUAUGAAGUGGCUGAACUCCUAGUGAGGCACGGUGCUUCUGUCAAUGUGGCAGACCUGUGGAAAUUCACUCCUCUACAUGAAGCAGCAGCAAAAGGGAAAUAUGAAAUCUGCAAACUGCUUUUAAAACAUGGAGCUGAUCCAACAAAAAAGAAUCGAGAUGGGAACACUCCUUUAGAUUUGGUGAAAGAAGGGGACACAGAUAUCCAGGAUUUACUGCGAGGAGAUGCUGCCCUGCUAGAUGCUGCCAAGAAGGGGUGCCUGGCACGAGUGCAGAAGCUGUGUACUCAAGAAAAUAUCAAUUGCAGAGACACCCAGGGAAGAAAUUCAACACCAUUGCAUCUUGCAGCUGGUUACAACAAUUUGGAAGUAGCUGAAUACCUUCUUGAGCAUGGUGCUGACGUUAAUGCCCAGGACAAAGGAGGAUUAAUUCCCCUACACAAUGCAGCAUCCUAUGGGCAUGUGGACAUAGCAGCGCUGUUGAUCAAAUAUAAUACAUGUGUCAAUGCAACAGAUAAGUGGGCAUUCACACCUUUGCAUGAAGCUGCACAAAAAGGAAGGACACAGCUCUGUGCUUUGCUGUUAGCUCAUGGAGCAGAUCCAACCAUGAAGAACCAAGAGGGUCAGACACCACUAGACCUGGCAACAGCUGAUGAUAUCCGAGCUCUGCUGAUAGAUGCAAUGCCUCCAGAAGCUUUGCCCACGUGCUUCAAGCCCCAGGCCACUGUUGUCAGUGCCUCUGUGAUCUCUCCAGCAUCCACACCAUCCUGCCUGAGUGCUGCCAGCAGCAUCGAUAACCUCACGGGCCCGCUGGCAGAGCUGGCCGUGGGAGGGGCAUCCAAUGCUGGGGAUGGAGCUGCAGGAACUGACAGGAAGGAAGGAGAAGUUUCUGGUCUUGACAUGAACAUUACCCAGUUCCUAAAAAGCCUGGGUCUUGAACACCUUCGGGACAUCUUUGAGACAGAACAGAUAACCCUGGAUGUGUUGGCUGAUAUGGGGCAUGAGGAACUAAAAGAAAUUGGGAUCAAUGCAUAUGGACAUCGCCACAAAUUAAUAAAGGGUGUGGAGAGACUUCUAGGAGGUCAGCAAGGUACCAAUCCUUAUUUGACUUUCCACUGUGUGAGUCAGGGAACCAUUCUCCUUGACCUUGCUCCUGAUGAUAAGGAGUAUCAGUCUGUAGAAGAGGAGAUGCAAAGUACAAUCCGGGAGCAUCGGGAUGGUGGAAAUGCUGGUGGGAUCUUCAACAGAUACAAUGUCAUCAGGAUUCAGAAGGUAGUGAACAAGAAGUUGCGGGAGAGAUUCUGUCACAGGCAGAAGGAGGUCUCGGAGGAGAAUCACAAUCAUCACAACGAGCGCAUGCUGUUUCACGGGUCUCCUUUCAUUAAUGCUAUCAUUCACAAAGGAUUUGAUGAAAGGCAUGCAUACAUUGGAGGAAUGUUUGGAGCUGGAAUUUACUUUGCUGAGAACUCCUCAAAAAGCAACCAAUAUGUGUAUGGAAUAGGGGGAGGAACUGGUUGUCCCACACACAAAGACAGGUCUUGUUACAUCUGCCACAGACAAAUGCUCUUCUGUAGAGUGACCCUUGGCAAAUCCUUUCUUCAGUUCAGCACGAUGAAAAUGGCUCACGCCCCUCCCGGGCACCACUCUGUCAUCGGCAGGCCAAGCGUGAAUGGACUUGCUUAUGCUGAGUAUGUCAUCUACAGAGGGGAGCAGGCAUACCCAGAAUAUCUCAUUACGUACCAGAUUGUGAAACCAGAAGCUCCCUCACAGACAGCAACAGCAGCAGAACAGAAGACCUAGUAGCUUCAGAGCAGUGGAGAAGGUUGUGACUUCAAUCUUGGACUUGGAUGGAUACAUGUUUCAGAAAAUCAGUAUCACAUAAAAUUCUUAACAACCUGGAAAUAAGCUGUAUGUCUUAAAGUAUUGCUGUCUUGAUGAAUAUGAUAAUGAGUAACUCUUGCAUACUCAACUGCUACUGUUCCUCUUGAGGAAAGUUUACAAGGGACUGCCUUUUAAUAACAUAUCUCAGGCUCCUAGUCUCUGCAGAUACCAUGUGUAAAAUAAUAUUGUUUUGAUCUAGACCUUGGGAACAUUAUUGUGCAAAUGGAAAUCUUUAUUGCUGCCAUCUCACAUGUUAAAAUUUCAGACACUACUUUUCUAGUUAUUUUAUUUGCAGAUAUAUUACAUUAAGCCCAUCAUUUUCUUUUCAGCAUACACCAUUCAUUUCCUGUUUUCAAGAGAUCCUAUUUAUUCUCCUUUUGUAUUCUGAAGUUGAGCCAGAACUUUCUUGAAAAUAUUUUGCACAAAGUCAAGUCGACUAAAAUCAUUAACAAUGCAAUAUAAAUUUCAUCUGAGGAGGGGCUAGGUCAAGCUAUUCAAUACAGGGAGUUUUUUGCACACCUCUGAGCAAACAAUAACAUGAGUGAGUGUAACUUUGGAGUGGAAACAAAUGAUGUCAGUUUGCUGCCUUGUCUGUGUGAGUUUUCUGGGGGAAGCCCUGGGAAGUGUUUGCAAGGGUAGAACCAGCUCUUGUGCUUAGAAGAGCUUCAUGCCCUCUUCUGGCAUCUAAAAGAACAUUUUAUAAGGCUCCUGUUAAGUACAGUGCAGCUUUUGAAAUGUUCUCCAGUUACAGCAGGGUAUGGUUUUGCUGGGAGAAGCAGGUGAAAAGUCAGAAGACUUCAUACAGGAGGGUGUAUCUGGUUCAUGUCCCUCUGUAAGACGACACCCAGUAAAUGGGUUUCAGGCUGGUAAGGGAGAGUUAUUACAGCAGUUUCCUGUCACAUCUUUGUGUGUGACAUCACAGUUGAAGAGCUUAAGGGAUUUACAAAAGUAAUAAUUUUUUUAAAUAUCAAUUUUACAUUUUGAUGAGAACAAAAUUUUAAAGUAUCAGUUGGCAAGCAGAUUUGUUUGCAGGUAUACCAGAGAACAAAGUUAGGAUUUAUUCACUUAAUACCCUUCUUCCCAAAUUCCCAGGUUUAUUUUGCUGGGUAGGAGAAAGUUAUUUUUAAGCAUUGCAUAGCACAGCAUCAGACAGUUUCAAAAGUCCCCCUCAUGGUGGAUAUGGAUUUAACAAAAGUAGAAACUGUUUCUUUUUUGUGGUGUUUUACAGUUUCAGAGAAGGUUGAAGAUCAAGACUUGUUAAUUUUUUUCCUAGCAACCAGUACCAGGAGAUGUGCUUCAGUGUUGACCAUGUAAUAACAUCUGGAGGAAAAAAAUGUUCCUUUGGACACAACAUGUGGUACAUUAUCCUAUCAACCAGCACUGUCUGAUGAUCCAGUUCAUGCAUUCAGGUUUUAUCCCCCUUAAAGCAAGAAAGCAACAGAAUAGUGUGCUCUUAGUUCAUAAAAAUGUACGUGCUCUCCAGAAGUGGGAUUUUGCUAACACAUUUGUAU